AAGCUAUUGUAUAUAGAUCAGAAUAACCAAACAAUAUGGCAGAAGUCACACCAACUACAACGGCUCCAGUUGGUCCAAAGAUAAGGACUUUAGUAUUGGAUGCUGCUCCACUUAUCACUCAAUCUGCAUCUGCAUUACAACAUUUUGCUCAAACUUUCUAUACUACCCCAGGGGUAUAUGCUGAAUUAAAGGAUGAACAUGCUAGACAACAAUUAGUGUUAUGGGCUGAUAAUUUAAAAGUAAGACAUCCUAAACCAGAAUCUAUUCAAAGAGUUAAUGCCUUUGCUAAACUUACUGGGGAUUAUUCAGUAUUAUCAUUAAAUGAUAUACAUAUUAUUGCAUUAGCAUUCGAAUUAGAAUGUGAACUUAAUAAUGGUGAUUGGAGAUUGCGUAAAUUUCCAGGUGAAAAGAUAAGUUUUAUAAAUCCUAAUGUUCCUAAAGUUAAACCUGAAGAAGUUAAGGAAGUUUCAAAGACUGAAACAGAGGAAGUAAAAGAAUCAAAAGACGGAUCAGAAACUAUACCUACAGAAGAAACAACCAAAGCAAAGAAGCCACGUAGAAGAGGUGGUAAAAGACAAAGAGAAAAGAGAGAAGCUGAAUUACAAAAAGCAUUAGAUGAAGAAUCUCAACAAGAAGCUAAUGUACCAAAGGAACAAGUAAACGAAUCAGCUUCAGAAUCUAUAAACGAUACAGAAUUAAAAGAAGAUUAUGAUGAUGAAGAUGAUGACGGUGAGUGGAUUUCAGCUGAAAACUUAUACGAAGAAAUGCUUAAAGAUACCCAUGAACAACUUCUGGAAUCAAGUACUAAAGUAAAAUCAGGUCCAUAUAUUAAGUUGGCAUUAGCUACUGGUGAUUUUGCAUGUCAAAAUGUAGCUAUGCAAAUUGGUCUUAAUUUAAUGAAUCCAUUGUCUGGUAAGCAAAUCAAGAGAGUUCGUAAUUAUAUGUAUAGAUGUCAUGCUUGUUUCAGAUUAACUCCUAUUCCUAAAGAUGGUACUCCAAAACAUUUCUGUCCAAAAUGUGGUGGUAACACCUUAUUAAGAUGUGCUGUAUCUAUUGAUAAUGUCACUGGUAGAAUAACUCCUCAUUUAAAGGCUAAUUUCCAAUGGUUAAAGAGAGGUGAGAAAUUCAGUAUCCCAUCUCCACUAAGCAAGAAUCAAAUAAGGAGACAAGGAAAUGGUGGAUUCCAACAUAACAAAGAAAGUCGUCAUAAAUCUUUACAAAACCCAUUGAUUUUAAGAGAAGAUCAAAAAGAAUAUGCUCAAGCAGUUAAAAAUGAUGAAUGGGAAAGAAGACAACAAGAAAAAGUCUUACAAGAAUGGGUUGGCGGUGGAAGUGCAGAUAAUUACAUGUCUCCCUUCACAUCCUCUGUUAAAGCUUCUGGUGUUAAGGUUGGAAAAGGUAGAUUUGUAAACUCAUCUAAAGGUAAAAGAAAGUAA